CUCGGAGGAGGUGAACCGAGCGAGCCUCCGCCGCUCGGGUCUGAAUCAGCUGAGUUUCGAGGAUCCCGCCCCGUUGUGACUCAACACCGACCCUGGUGCUCCGGGGAUGGUUAUUGACACACACACACACACACACACAUCCUCUGGACAUAUUACAGGUUCGCUUUACCGACAGUGUAACGUGCACCAUGAGGACCGGGUCUAGUCGAACCAGGCUGCCGUGAAGAGAGUGUACCCUUCGGCUUAUUUCGCACUUGAACACGUUGUGCUGAACAUGCUGGCAUCUGACUGAUCUAUCAUGGACCCCGAGGAGUCAGAGCUGCAGAAUGACUACCGUUACCGUAGCUACGCGUCAGUCAUCGAGAAAGCGCUGCGGAACUUCGAGUCGUCCAGUGAGUGGGCAGAUCUCAUCUCAUCCCUGGGAAAGCUCAAUAAGGCCCUACAGAGUAACCUCCGCUACUCACUCCUACCCAAGAGGCUGAUCAUAGGGAAGCGUCUUGCCCAGUGUCUUCACCCGGCCCUGCCCAGCGGAGUACACCUCAAGGCUCUGGAAACCUAUGAGGUCAUCUUCAAAAUAAUUGGGACAAAAUGGCUGGCCAAGGAUCUGUUCAUCUACAGCUCAGGAUUGUUCCCGCUGUUGGGCCAUGCAGCCAUGGCAGUGAAGCCUGUGCUGCUGACACUGUAUGAGCGUUACUAUCUGCCCCUGCAGAGGACUUUGCUGCCAAGUCUUCAGGCCUUUAUAACAGGACUUCUGCCUGGCCUAGAGGAGGGACUGGAGGUCUAUGACAGGACUGAUGCGUUGCUGCUCAAGUUGUCACUGCUGGUGGGUCAGCAGGUUUUCUACGGUGCCCUGUGGGGCAGUAUGGUGGUCAGCCCGAGUGUGCGGCUGCCCGCCUCCAUCUUUAUCGUCACACAUUUUGACCGCAGGGCAUCGCUGCACCAGCAGACACACAUGCUAGGCUAUGACAGCCGGCAAGUGUUGAAGGCAGUGUGUCUUUCUCUGCAAGACUCCAAUGUCCUGGUACAGAGGAACAUGCUUGAAAUCCUGCUCUACUUUUUCCCUCUCGCCACAUGCCUGGACCCAGUGGAGAAGUGUAUUUCUUUGACUGACGAGGACAUGGUCGCUGUGGUGUCUGCUGCCGCACUCACGGUGCUCCGCAGAGACAUGUCCCUGAACAGGCGCCUCUACGCCUGGCUCCUAGGCACAGACAUAAAUGGGGAUAUGGUGGCACCACAACCCAACCUCUCCACCACCACAGAGGAGCAUGCAUUGUUCUACUUCAACACCUACUCAAGAGAUUUCCUUGUACAGGCUCUGAUUAGCAUCCUCAAACAGACGAAUGUGGAGAGCAAGCCAGAGAAUGUGACUGGAUACCUCAGGCCCUUUCGAAUCAUCAUCAGCCUGCUGGAUAAACCAGAGAUUGGUCCAGCUGUCUUGAGCAGCGUGUUGUUGGAGGUGGUCCGGGCCUUCUACAGGUACUGUCGAGAGAUGCUGGGGGAGGAAACAAUCACCAACUCAGGGCUCUCAGGCAACCAGCUUGCCAGUAAGAUAAAAGAGAAUAAGAACGCAUCAGAGAUCAUAAAGACGGUGAAUAUGCUCGUGAGCUCCAUGAACAGUGAAUACCUGUGGGAGUACAUGACACAACGCUUCUGCAAGUCUCUCAGUGGCAAAAAUGACCAACCAAUGCCUCCUCAGCGGGACUGCAGUCACCAUGAUCCCUCUGUCAUAGAGAUGUCCAAUCUCAUCAUCUUCCUCCUUGAUGUUCUUCCUCUGGAGCUCCAUGCUGACAUCCAAUCCCAGUUGCUCCCAGAGAUGCUGGGCUUCAUGCUGCAGACCUUGCGCAGCCACAUGGACUAUGUUAGCCUGGAGGAUGUGACACACAGCCUGCGUGCCUGCUUCAGGGUCCUCAGUAAGAUCCAAAUGCCCGUGACUUAUAUGGACAUUGAAGCAGGGGACCACACAGAGGCGCAGGAGUUACGGACACCAGAAGAGGAAGGCAAAGACUCAGAGGACAUCAACAAGGAUGGAGAAACAGAUGGCAGUGUUGGUCACCAGGAAGAUGAAGAGCUGAACACAGAUGGCGGAGAUGAGGCAGAGACUACAAAUAGACUUUACCCAAUAAUCAGAUCAGAAGACAGCGGUUUAGGGAUCAGUGCCUCACCGUCAGAACAGCAUCUCCCACCAGGAAUAGGGGCCGAGGGAAAUGGAAUUUGCACAGAAGGUGAUGGAGUGUGGAAGAGGGGAGGCAGUGUAGACACAAUGGCCCUCUGUCUGCAGGACAUACUGUCCUUUAUAACCACAAGAUACCUGCUAGUGCAGGUGGAGGACGUCGGGGGACCAGAGAAAGGACUCCAGCCUGAUCUAACCGCUGCCUCUGUGGAUCAGAAGACUUUGUUGCAGAGCAUGGGGGGCCGUGAAAUUAAAGACAAACUCUCUGAGCUGUUCAAUCCAAACAAAAAUAAAGGCCGCCACCCUACAUCUGACGCCCAGCUCUGCCCCCUGGAGAAGAAAAAGGAACGCGUAAAUUUAGGAGGUCUGGAGUGGGCGGCGGGCUACAUGCCGCGGGGCAGGGCAGAGAUCUCUGAGGCCUGUCGACAGGCUUUCACCGCCACAUGCCACCUGCUCCUGGAGUGUGCCACCUUCCCUAUCUACCUAUGUGAAGAGGAAACUCUGGCUCUCCACGCAGACAUGUUUGGCCACACAGGCAGUGAAGAGUACAGCGUGCCAGUGUGGCUGAGGUCCCUGAUGAUACUGUGCUGCCUGACAAGGGACUACAACAUCCAACACACAGCUGUGGCCUCCCUGUUGGAACUUAUCAACCAUUCCCAGUCUUUAUCGCUGGUCAUCCAGGACAAGCAAAGACGCUACCAGACCUCUGACUCCAACCCUCUGAGUGGGCGACUGCAGAUGGUCACUGUGCCGCCCAUCUACCCUGCUCUGCUACGGGUCAUUGAGGAAGGCACAGAUUUCUACCAGAGGGUGUCCCAGGUUCUGUGGAGCCAGCUGGACAUGGAUCGGAGCGAGCAGCACAUUUCCUGUGUGGAACUCUUCUACAGGCUUCACUGUUUGGCUCCAUCAGCGACGAUCUGCGAGGACAUAAUCUGCCAGGCGCUGUUGCACAAAGAUAAGGGUGUUAGGCUGGAAGCACUGCACCGCUUCACAGUGCUAUGGCACCUGACCCGGGAGAUCCAGACCAACAGGACCAUGUCUCUCAACCGCUCCUUUGACCGGUCUCUGUGUGUUGUGGUGGACAGUCUGAGCUGCACCGAUGGCUCAAUACGUGCAGCGACUCAGUGCUGGCUGGUCAGAGCUCUGUCCCUAAAUGAUGUGAUCCGAAUCUUGGAACCUAUUCUGUUGCUGCUGCUUCAUCCGUCCACUCAGCGCUCCUCCAUUCACAGCAUCAAACACAAUCUCACGGCUGGUAACCUGAGGAUUCUGAGCAGCAGAAGUCGAAGCUCCACCAGAACGUCUGGGUCGUCUGCGGACGCAAUGGCAACAGAGGUCACCACCUUAAAUCUCACCAACAUCGUGGACCGGGAAUCCCUGUGGGCAGAGUUAGACAGUGGUCCAGAGCAGGUCAAACGACAGGACUCUUUUGAGCUAUCUAGGAGUGACAGUGAAGCCACAGAAGAGGAGAAUCGAGCUGAGGAGGAGUCUGAGAGUGAGCACACAGAGUCAGCUGACACCAGCGGUGCCCAGGUAUCCACGGAGAGCUCCGGCUCCGCUCCGUACGGCAGCACUGAUGAAGGAGGAGUGGUCAAUGGCCUGCGGAGGGUUGAGUCUGAGCGUACACAGGCAUCUGAUUCACUGUCAAGUGAGGACGACGAGGAUUUAGAGCUGGAGGCCAUGGCCAAGUCUCGUCUGUUAAAACAGGAGCGCGAGAAGAGGGAAGCCAUCGAUUCUCUGUUCCGUCAUGUUCUGCUGUAUCCUGUUGUGGGCGGCUGGCGCCAUCUGCUACAAGGCCUGGCGCUGCUCGACAGCUUGCUGAGGAGCAGCGCUGAGUGCCCUCUGGUGGAUGCUCUCUCUUCCACCUCUCUGGACACAAGCUCGGCUGCGCAUUUAAACCUGGUCUCUAACCUCUUACAGCGACACCAACAGGAGCAGGAUGGCAAAGGAUUCUACGGCUGCCUGCUUUCCCCAACUUCCUCCGCCUCUGUGCCCCCAUCCCUUCUCAUUGAGCUGCUGGUGUGCCUGUGCCUGCGAUUCCUGCGCUCUCAUUACCCUUCCUACCUGAGCCUGGGUCCCCUUGACCUGCAGGCGAACAGGGAGGUUCAGGUGAGGAGUGUGGAGGUGCUGACUCGGCUGGUGAACCAGCUUGGCUGCAUGGCGCGGGGACAAGAUGGCGAUGGGGCCAGUCUGGAGCCCAUCCGCAGACUACUCUCCAGAUGUCAAGUGCAGCAAUAUGCGCUUCUUACACUUUCUGCAUCCAUGUACGUCAGCCAGAGGGGAACAGACAAGGGAGCACCCAGACAUGUGGAGCUGCUAGAUGAACAGGGAGGCCUGUCAGAGGAGAGCCUGGUGAAUCUUGGAUCAGGAGGGGGGCAGGAACAAUACCCCUUACAAAUGGAAUUACUCAAACUCCUCCAGGCUCUCAUAGUCUUGGAGUACCACGUGUUGAUUGGUGGGGGUGUCCCAACAGCUGGGUCAGGAGGAGCAUCCGGCCAGCCUGUGGAGCCCCGGGAGUCCCCAACUGCCAGCAGCCCCCUUACUCGUGAGUGGCAAACUGCUGUCCUUUUCCAGCAGUCCAUCAAGUCAGCUCAGUACGUUCAAAGUCACCCCAUCACAGCCCAAGGAAUGUUUGUGUCUGCCGCGGCCAUGGCUCUGCAGCCACAGUACGGCUAUGCCAUGCACCCCCACUGGGUGUCUCUGCUGUGCUCCUCUCUGCCCUACUUGGGACGCUCGUUGGGAAUUAUUGUGGCUCCUCUCAUCAGUCAGAUCUGCAGGAACUUAGACGAGCUGGUCAACCUGUACGAGCAUGAUGGAGGAAAGACAAAUCAAAGCCUCAGUGGUAGGAGAGAGAACAUCGCCCCUGACUACCCUCUGACUCUGCUAGAGGGCCUGACCACCAUUACACACUAUUGUCUGCUGGACAACAAGAGGUCCCUGGUUGCCUGUGACCCUGUGGACGUCCGCAAUGCACGCAACGCUGUGAUCGAGGCUCUGCCGCACAUGCUCACGAGCAUGGUACUGUUGUGGGGUGUGGUCAUGAGGGAAGAGCUCAAGAGGCGAGCGUCUGACUCUGGCCAGAGCAGCAGACACACUUCUACCUCUGUCUAUUUUAAAAGCACCAAGAUCCUAAGGCACCGGGUACUGGAGUUCCUUGUCCCUCUGAGUGGGCAGUAUGGGGUUCAAAUGAUGGCUUCACUUGGCGUAGUGUGGAGCAGCAGGAAGAGUAAAAGGAGACAUAAAAACAAGGUUUUACCUGUGACCAGCGAGGCUCGUCUAACUAUUGUGGAUCUGGUGAAAUCACUGAACACCUUGCGUACAGAUACCAUCCUACAGUUUGUCAAAGAGGUGGUGAAAAAACCUCAUCAGAUCAAAGGAGAACAGAAGUCUUCCUUGGUAGAUAUCCCUAUGUUACAGUUCAGCUAUGCUUAUAUGCAGAGUAUUUCAGCUCAGGCUCUGCAGGAAAAUGUGGCUCCCCUUCUUGCUCUGUUGCGGGAGUCUGUUCAGCUGAACCUGGCACCGCCCGGGCACUUCUUACUGCUGGGAAUCCUCAAUGACUUUGUCAACAGGCUGCCCAACCUGGACAAUAAGAAGGAUACUCGAGACCUGCAGGAGGUGACUCAGCGGAUCCUCGAGGCAGUAGGUGGGAUCGCAGGAUCGUCUCUGGAGCAGACCAGUUGGCUCAGCCGUAGCCUUGAGGUCAAAGUUCAGCCACAGGUGUGCCCUGAAGUAGUCGAACCGGAUGACGCUGACGUGGAUGGUGAACAAUGCGAGUUGGCUCAAGCUAGCACCAUGGUUUCCUCCUCCGCUCCCUCAGUUUACAGCGUGCAAGCUCUUGUUCUCCUGGCUGAGAUGCUGGCACCACUUCUGGACAUGGUCUACCGCAGUGAUGAGAAGGAGAAAGCUGUUCCCCUCAUUUCUCGGCUCAUGUACCAUGUAUUUCCAUACCUGAAGAACCACAGUGCCUACAACAUGCCCAGCUUUGAAGCGGGUGCUCAGCUGCUGAGCAGUCUGAGCGGGUACGCCUAUACGAAAAGGGCCUGGAGGAAGGAGGUCUUGGAGCUCUUCAUGGACCCCCUCUUCUUCACCAUGGAGGCCUCCUGUGCGCCCAGUUGGAAAUCCAUUAUUGAUCAUCUGCUGACUCAUGAGAAGACCAUGUUUAAAGACCUCAUGAGUAUGCAGAGCGGCUCCUUGAAACUGUUUGCUAAUGUAGAUCAGAAACCCAUGCUGCUGAAGCGCCAGGCGUUUGCCAUGUUCAGUGGAGAACUCGACCAGUAUCAUCUCUAUCUGCCCCUCAUCCAAGAGCGUCUCACAGAGGCUUUGCGUAUGAACCCCAGCGCUGGUGCUUCUGCCCAGAUGUUCGUGAUGUUUCGUGUUCUCCUGCUGCGGAUUUCAUCCCAGCACCUGACCUCUCUUUGGCCAAUCAUGGUCACAGAACUGAUUCGUAUUUUUGCACGUCUGGAGAAAGCUCUGCAGGCGGAUAAAGACGUCUCAAAGCUGGCUAAAGUGGUGCGCGGAGCCCACGAAAGAAACGGACCGGUGAAUUUCUCUCAGGCAGACUUGGACAUGUACCUGUCAGCCUGCAAGUUUCUGGACACCUCGCUGACUUUUCCCCCAGAAAAGAUUCCACUCUUUCAAAUGUAUCGCUGGGCGUUUGUCCCUGAGGUGGAUGUGAAACGCUACAAUGGGCCAGAGACUGCGCUGAUAGAGGAUGAGCAGGAAUGCAUACCCCAUGUUGUCAGAGUACUGGAAGGGAUACAGCAACGAUACGAGACACUGAAUGGGUUGAGUGAGGAAUCUUCGACGGAGCCUUUGGCGUUUCCCCUCCUCACCCAGCGCUCCCUGCGCUCCAUCACCCAGCUGUUGCCUUUUCUUCGCACCCUCUGCUGUUCCUUCCAGGCUCCUCCCCUUCGUGGCCACCACAUGCACCACUGCCCAGUAGCAGAUUACCCGGCAGCCAGUUCGGACACAGUCCUGAGGAAGCUGGAGCACAUCCUUGAGGAAGAGUUCCUGGUCUCCACGGAGAGUUAAAAGCAUGAAGCUUUCAAGACCUUAAGUUCUCUUCUCAAGCGUUGCAGCCAUAUGAGUGUAAUAUCUAAAAUAGGCACAACCAGUGUUGUGAACUAGGGGAAAAAAAGGAAAUGUUUUAAUGUUUUAACUUGUCUGAUUUCCACAUACUUCUGAGGUGCUCUCACACUGAAUCUGUACUGGACAAAUUAAGGAUCUUUGUUGUUGUUUAUUAUGUGGAAUUUUAUGGGAUGUCUUGAAAUGUAUGGUAUUAAUCACAAAUUAACGAGCAAUGCUCCGUUUUCUCCCUAGUGAUGUGUAUUAUCUCAGUUGCAAAGUGUUGAGAUUGUGUCUACUCUCUUUACUCUUGAUGAUUUUAGACUUUGGAGGAAAAAAAAUCACCACUAAAAAUAAUUAUGUAAACCUCAAAUUCUAGUUCCGGUAACAGUUCUUAGUUUGAAGCAGAUCCAACAUGAAUAACCUAUUUAAAUAUUGAUUAUGUUCUUAUUUUUCCCCAUAACUCUGGUCAACAAUACUCUAGUUAGUACAAGCAUACAUAUUGCAUCUGUCUGACUCUGAGAAUGUUAGGAUUGUACAUUUGCAGGAGCCGGCUGUAGGAGUACUUUCUCUUUUAUUGUUAUCGGAGUAAUCAUGGGACCUCGCUGAUUUACGUUGAGAGUUUUAAGAGUACGUUUCUUGUGUUCAAAUGCUUGCCACUGUUGGUGUUCAAGGGAUUUCAGAUCUUUCUUUGUAGUUCUUGAUGGGUAGUUUUUACAACUGCCUGUUGUUUUUUUCCGCAGUACUGAAUGUUGAAAUAAUUUAUUUUGGAGGUUUAAAGGACCAUGUCAAGUUUUGAAUUAACGGAAAUAAGGUUCGUUGAAUUAAAUAUUACGCUUAAAUACUGCA